UUUAGGAAAAUAAAAAAUAAAAAGGAAAAGAAAAAGAAAAAAAGAAAAAUCGAUAAAAGGGAUUCGAUGACGAGCAACAAAGAUCUGUCUUUAAACAUUCUCUCAGCACUAAUCCCUUUGAUUUGAAAUUACUUUUUUUUUUUCGCUUUUCCUUCAAAAAGAGCAUCAUCAUAUUUUAGAGAGAGAGAGAGAGAGAGAGAGCUCACUUGUUUUGUUCUGGGAACAAUGGGGUUCUGUCUCCUUCCCCUGCUCCUAAUUUUCUUCAUUCCCUUCUCCAGUGGCGUUCAGCUUGUUCCCAGCGAUUCCAUUUCAGAAGUAAAAGGAGAAGCUGUGGUUCAAUGGAGGAGGCUUACUGUUGAGGGACCCACGUCCCCUUCUCCAGUUGCGGAGAACAGCUCAUUCAUCUUGGCUGCACAGAGAACUCGAAGACAAGACCCAUUGAAUAGCUUCGAGAAGUACACUGGUGGCUGGAAUAUCAGUAACAAGCAUUAUUGGGCUUCUGUGAGUUACACUGCGGCGACACUGUUUGUUAUCUCGGCUGCUUGGUUCGUGCUUUUUGGAUUGGUGUUGUUGUUUACUUGUUGCUACUAUUGUUGCUGUCGCCGGAGAAAUCCCUCUUAUUCUCGAGUGGCUUAUGCUCUGUCCCUUGUACUUCUAAUCCUCUUCACUUUGUCUGCAAUUGUUGGAUGCAUUGUAUUGUACAAUGGCCAGGGUGAAUUUCACGACAGCACAACCAAAACUUUGAAGUAUGUUGUCGGGCAAGCAAAUAUUACAGUGCAAAACCUUAGAAAUUUUUCAGAUGAUUUAUCUGCAGCUAAAAAGAUUGGAGUGGAUCAAGUGUUUCUUCCUGGUAAUGUCCUUGGACAAAUUGAUGAAGUUGUGACUAAGGUUAACUCAUCAGCCAACAGCUUAGAUAGUCGCACGUCCGAUAAUUCCGAGAAGAUCAAGAAUUUAUUAGAUACAGUGCGACUGAUUUUGAUCAUAGUUUCAGCUGUGAUGCUCUUUUUGGCGUUUCUUGGAUUCUUAUUUUCUAUAUUUGGAUUGCAAUUCCUGGUGUAUCUCUUAGUGCUCGUCGGAUGGAUUCUUGUAGCCGGAACAUUUAUCUUGUGUGGUGUUUUCCUUGUUCUACACAAUGUGGUUGCUGACACUUGUGUAUCCAUGAACGAGUGGGUCCAGCACCCUUCUGCUCACACCGCUCUCGAUGACAUCCUUCCUUGUGUCGACGUGGCCACUGCCAACGAGUCUUUGAUCAGAAGCAGACAAGUCACUCAUCAGCUAGUGAACAUCGUGAACCAAGUUAUCAGCAAUGUGUCGAAUAGAAACUUUCCCCCAGGGGCUCCACUUGUAUAUUAUAACCAAUCUGGACCGUUGCUACCAACGCUUUGCAAUCCGUACAAUGCAGAUGCAACUGAUCAUGCUUGUCGUUCUGGAGAGGUUGAUUUCAAUAAUGCAACACAGGUAUGGAAAAAUUACGUAUGCAAUGCAACCACCAUCUCCGGAUCUGAGAUAUGCACCACCGUGGGCCGCCUCACUCCGACCAUCAACCGUCAAAUGACAGCCGCAGUCACUGUCAGCCAUGGGCUCCACCAUUACGGCCCGUUCUUGGCCCAAUUAGAAGACUGCACUUUUGUUCGACAAACUUUCAGCUCGAUCAGCCAAAACAACUGCCCUGGCCUUAGAAAAUAUAGUAGGUGGGUUUAUAUUGGGCUUGCGAUGGUUUCAACUGCUGUGAUGCUCUCGUUGAUAUUUUGGGUUAUUUAUGCGAGAGAGCGACGACAUCGAAAGUAUAGUAAAGAGGCAAUGUUGAGAAGACAGCAGAAGCAAGGUGUGGUUGGGGGUAUGUGAGGUUAUGGGUAGGGCAGUGUACAUUGGUAGGUUUUGUUUAUAUGAAUUUUCUUUUCUUUUGGGGGGUUUUGGUGACAUGGUUGUUGUGUGUUGGUUGAUUAUGUAGAAUGUUAUGUUUUGAUUUAUUGUUUGUGGUGAUAUGUUAUACUGCAGUGCAAGUGGUUUUUAUCAGAUUUGAGAUUUUUGUC